GGAGUUGGUGAAUCUUUGGCAUUAGUAUUCUCAUCCUAUGAGAGUGCAGUGUGUUCAACCACGUCAUGCCUCAAGCAACUGCACCUAUCAAGGUUAGAACAGCGCUACCUACUCUCAAUAAACGCCAUGUAGAGUUUAUCAUUUCAACUUGCGGCGCUUAUUAGUUUAUUUCGAGUAACGAUUAUUUGUCUCGGGGAGGUGUUCCGUUUAAAGGCGGCUGGUAUUUCUUCGUUGAAGGACGUCGGGGCAUCAAGAAAUGUUUGCAUCUGGUUCUUUGUUAUCGCGCUUCUCUCUGCUGAAGAAGAUGAAGCCCUGCAAGGACACUUCAGCUCUCUGCUGGAGUGAAUGAAGGUGACUCGGCUUCUGCAUCGUGGCAAUGCGGAGAGAAUCCAGGAGCAAGACACGGGCAGAUCGAUCAAUUGAGUAAGAAAUUGACCAAACGAGUUGCGGCGCAUUAAUCAAUCAGCAUUUUAUAUCAGGGCAGUUUCUUCACUUGAUGUGUAUGCAUGAGUUCUGCACCGAAUGGGCGCAAAACCCGCCCCAGAUCUGCCGGGACCAUUUUCCAGAUCGGCAGUAAACCCCCGUCCAGAGAGUCGGAGCGCCGGGAGAGCAGCGAGGCUCUGCGCGCUGUGGCGGACUGCAGAAUGGUUGUCCAGGAGUUCAAUACACUUGUGGCCCUCUAUAGGGAGUUGGUUAUCUCUAUUGGAGAGAUUUCCGCUGAUUGCCCUUCUCUGCGUGCGGAAAUGCACAAGACACGCACAAAAGGCUGUGAGAUGGCACGGACCGCACAUCAAAAUCUUUCUGCAAUAUCAGGGCCAGAAGAUGGAGAAAUACAUCCGGAGAUCUGCCGCCUCUUUAUCCAGCUGCAGUGCUGUCUGGAAAUGUACCUGACGGAGAUGCUGAAGUCUGUGUGUCUACUGGGAUCCCUGCAGCUCCACAGAAAAGCAAAACAUUAUUCACGAGCUGCAAAGGUUGACAAUAAGAAGGAGGACAGCUCUGACAUCCCAAUCCUGGAAGACACGUCCUCCACUCUUCCGGACUGUCCGCAGACAUACUCCCUGGUGGCCACAGACAUUGAGAACAUCGAGAGGGACAUGACAGAAAUGAAAAACCUGCUAAGCAAACUCAGGGAGACCAUGCCUUUACCGCUGAAAAACCAAGAUGACAGCAGUUUGUUGAAUCUGACGCCAUACCCCUUGGUCCGGCAAAGAAAGCGGCGUUUCUUUGGCCUCUGUUGUCUGGUGUCUAGCUAAGAGCUGUCUCUCCCAAAAUCCAGUCACAAAUGACUGCGUUCCCUCACAAUGUGUGACACUCACCAAUCAACCGUACUACUGCCAUUUCCCAAACCAGAGCUUUCUUUUAGUGAGUUCUGUCCAAUUUCCUACUGCUAUGAGAAUAAAUAGUAAUAUCUGUGUAACAUCAGUAGUCAUACAAACACUAUAUAAUAUUUGAUCAGUAUGACAGAUUUUCAUUUUUAACUGAAUGUUUGUCGACAUUAUGCUUAGUAAAGAAAAUGGUUUGUAGUAUGAAUAUUGCUAUGUUUGUCCACACGAUUCAUAUUAUGUGCUUUUUGUCAAGACAGGUGUUGUACUGAGAGUGCAGAGGUUAUGAUGCUAAACAUUUAUGAUGCUUUAAAAAAAAAUACUGCACAAUACGAGUGAAUGUGAUAUCUGUCGGUUUGAUCUGAUUUUAUUUGUAUUUUUUGCUGUUACAAUAUUUUUACUACAGUAUUAUUUAGUCUUCCAUAAACCGAAAUCCUGUAACUUUUAUUCCCCCUUUUCGUUUCAGCCUUUAGGAGUAUACAAUACCUGAAGAAGCCUUUGUAAAUAAAGAAUAUAUCUAUAAAUGGGAAUUUUAGAGAUAUACAAUGUAAACGCACUGUAAAAGCGAUCUGAAAUAUUUUCCAAAACUGUGAUUCCUUUAAAGAGAUAGUCAGUAAACGGUGACAUGUCUAUCCAUCUGGUGUGAUAUAAGUCCAGAUUGGAGGGACUCAGCAUGGGUCUUGCUUAUUAAUAACAGUUCUAAAUGUGUCAGGCAUGGUGAAGAUACUGUAGUGUCUAUGAAAAAACGCAGUGUCGUUUUACAUUCAUAAUAAACCUUUUUAUAAUGAUUUAACAAAA